AUGCCUCAUUUCAAGCCUCCUGAACCGUUUGAGUUUUCCAAACCUCACGAGUGGCCCGAGUGGCGACAGCGUAUACUACGAUACCGCACAGCCACCAAACUGAGCGCAGAGACCGGAGCAAUUCAAUCGAAGAUAACGAUCCUACGGACAACUUUGACAGUCUUAGAGAAUUUCGACGCUCACUUUGUCCCCAAGUGGAAUCUUAUCCACGAAAGAGCAAAGUUCCAUGCACGAGCACAAAACAGUGGGGAGACGAUAGAAGAAUAUGUUAGAGCCCUGUGCAAGCUUUCAGAACAUGCAGCCUUUAAGGACCGAGAUGAAACCUUAAGGGAUAGACUCGUCCUAGGAGUACUGGACAAUGAACUGUCACAGCGCUUACAACUCGAGGCAACUCUUACUUUGAAAUCAGCCAUUGAAACAGCACGCCAUUUCGAGCUCGUAAAGGGUCAGGUCAGUAGCCAACGUCAGCUAGGUGCAGCAGUCACAGUAGAUACAGUGCGCUACGGCCAGAGGGGAUAUUCGUCGCCUGCUCACCCCAGGGGUAGAGGCGGCCGAAGAACAGGUACACACUCACAACACAGAGGCAGCCAUGCAUCACCGUCAACUUUCUCUAACUGCAGUAACUGUGGAAGAGGUCAUGUCCAAAACAAUUGCCCAGCGCGUGGGAAAACUUGCAGGAAAUGCGGCAAGCGCAAUCAUUUCGCAACUGUCUGUCACAGCAGCAGCCGCAAUGUCAACCAAAUCACCGAAUCGGAAACUCCUUCGUUCUUUUUAGGUGCUGUUGACAGAGACUCGGACAGUAAUGUCGUUACCGAUGUAAACUUCGGCGAAGUUAGCGAGCCACCAUGGCGCGUUACACUGAACCUUGGAAGGAGAGCUACAUCCUUCAAGAUACACACAGGGGCCGAUGUUUCCAUCAUGUCAAAGGCCGUCUACGACCGUCUCAGUCCUCGUCCAAAGAUGAAAACAACGUCUGCAGUUCUUCGCAGUCCUGGUGGAAUCAUAAGGAGCGUGGGAGAAUUUAUCGCAACUACGCAGCAUAACAACCGCAACUUUGCGUUCCGUGUUUUCGUCCUUGACGAUGACACUGACUGUCUUCUCAGUCGCGACGCCGCAGUUCAUCUGGGACUGAUCUCUAGAGACAGAAUAGACUCUGCCAACCUCGUGUUCGGCGAUGUGAGACCUAAACCUAUACGCUGCGAGCCAGUGAAAAUCAUCUUGAAAGAAGAUGCACAGCCAUACUCUGUUAACGUCGCACGUCGGAUUCCCAUUCCACUCAUGAACGAAGUCAAGGCUGAACUAGACCGCAUGGAGGCCGCAGGUGUCAUUGAGAAGAUCAGUGCUCCAACUGACUGGUGCGCGCCCAUGGUCCCGGUCAGAAAAAGGUCUGUAAGCGUUAGAAUCUGCACAGAUCUGAAAAAGCUCAACCUAUUGGUGAAGCGUGAACGAUUCAUGCUGCCCACCAUUGAUGACAUCUUGUACAAACUCAGCGGAUCAAACAAGUUCAGCAAGCUUGAUGCAACUUCAUCCUUUUGGCAGUUGGCACUGGACGACGACUCCGCGAAGCUGACCACUUUCAUUACCCCGUUCCGUCGGUACUUCUACAGACGUCUCUGCUUUGGAAUCAACUCUGUGCCUGAGAUAUUUCAGCGUACGAUGCAAGACAUUCUAGCGGGCAUAGACGGUGUAGAGUGCUUUAUGGACGAUAUCCUCCUGCACACGGAUGGUCACGAGAAACAUGAUAAGCUGAAGAAGAAAGUCUUCCAGCGGCUAAAGGAGCGUGGGGUCAGGUUGAACAAAUCCAAGAGCAAGUUUGACAAGGAUGAAAUCGAUUUUCUUGGCCACAUCAUCAGCGGGAAGGGUGUAAGGCCAGAUCCAUGCAAGGUCAGCGCCAUCAUUGAGAUGCCAGAGCCAGAGAAAAUUACAGACUUACGAUGA